GUUUCUAUUUUCCCUGAUUACGGCGAGCAAAACAAAAAACCAACGUCAUACCCAGUCUCCUCUCCUCAAAACCGGCCUGUGAUGUGAAUUUGGGGAGAUUUGGAGCACAUUUUUUUCCGGCCAUGUCACCCGCGGUGAUUCUCCAAUGAGCUUCCGACGAAGCUCAGGCGACCCCUCGCCGGUUAGUUUUCCGACCGUUUUUCACCGUCCUCACCCGCACCUCACUCUCCUAUGUCCUACUUGAGUCUCCAGGUUUUUUUUUACUUUACCUUUGUGAAUUGUGGAGAAUCACGGUUGCUAAUACUGUGAACUGGUUCCUCUCCCUCCUGGUAAGCGUGCGAUUGACCGUUAAUGGGUGUAUAAGAUUAAGUUCUUGCCGGAUGGUUCCACUGAGCGCUACAAAGCGCGCUUGGUAGAAAAAGGCUUCACUCAGAGAGAGGGCAUUGACUGCCAUGAUACCUUUGCAUCUGUUGCCAAGCUGGUCACCAUUCGUUGUCUGCUUGUCGUCGCAGUCACUCACGGCUGGUUCAUCCAUCAGCUUGACGUCAAUAAUGUUUUUUUGCAUGGAGGUUUACAUGAGGAAGUUUAUAUGAAGGUCUCGCAUGGAUUCAAUCGCCCGGGUGAUGAAAGAGUUUGUCUCCUCCGUAAAUCCAUCUAUGGCUUGAAACAGGCAUCACGGAAUUGGUAUCAAAAUUCUUUGUGGCAUUGAUCGAGUUUGGAUUUCGGCAGAGCAUGACCGACCACUCAUUGUUCACAUACAAGACCACUACUUCUUUUGUGGUUUCUCUCAUCUACGUCGACGAUGUCAUCUUAGCUGGUGAUGAUCUCUCCUUCAUUCAGAGAGUCAAGCAGUUCCUACAUGAUCGUUUCACAAUCAAGGAUUUGGGUCCCCUUAAGUACUUCCCGGGCAUCGAAGUGGGACGUUCUCCACGUGGAUUUGUUAUCAAUCAGCGCAAGUACGUCUUGGACAUACUUGCCGACUCUGGUCUACCUGCUGCCCAUCCCAGUGCUUCUGCCAUUGAACAGAAUCACCAACUUAGUCGUACGAAAUCACCUCCUAUUGCUGAUCUAAGUUCUUUUCGUCGCUUGGUAGGACAUCUUUUGUAUCUCACGGUUACUCGCCUGAUAUCACUUACGUGGUCAAUCUCCUCAGUCGGGCUGUGCAUGCCCCUACUCAGGCGCAUUAGGAUGCAUCUCAUCGAGUUCUUCGAUACCUCAAACAUUCUCCAGGCCGUGUUUUAUUCUUCCCAGCCAAUAAUUCCCUCACUUUGACAGGUUUUUGCGAUGCGAAUUGGGCGGGUCGCCCUACUACUCGUCGGUCGACGACUGGUUUUUCUAUACGUAUUGGAACUGUUCCAGUUUCCUGGCGAACUAAGAAACAGUCUGUGGUUGCGCGAUCUUCUGCUAAGGGUGAAUACAGAUCCAUGGCUAGCACUGUCAGUGAAAUCAUAUGGUUACGAUCGUUUCUCACUGAAUUAGGGGCCCCUCAAUAUUGCCCUACUCCUCUUUAUUGUGACAGCCAGGCGGCUUUGCACAUUCCAGCUAACCCAGUUUCCACAAGCGUACCAAGCAUGUGGAAAUGGAUUGCUACUUUGUCUGGGAACGCGUCUAGAGUAAUGACAUUUCUCCUCGAAAGAUUGGGACUGCCAAGCAACCUGUCGAUCUCUUCACCAAAGGACUCGACGUCGAUCAUUUUCAUUGUUUGUUGUCCACGGUUCGCAUGUUUGAUCUCCAUGCCUCUGCUUGAGUGGGAGUAUUGUGGAAUGGCCGGUUUUUCGAUUUGAUCCAUCAAUCCGACCCAGCCGCAUGUCUUGACCCGGUUUCCUUCUCUUUAUUAUUCAUCUCAUUGUCACAUACAUAGGCCUGGUCAAUGUUGAUGGUCGAUUAUCCUGUGUAAUCAUCAAAAUCAUCUAAUGAAACAACUGAGAGCUCUGUCUCUCCGUAGAGUAGUCUCGUUCAUCUAGAACGGGGAAACCACGUAAAUCGAGUGUCCUGUGUUACGUUCUAUAUUUUCGCAUAUCGAUUUUAUUACAACCUUCCAUAAAUCGACCCCUUAUUAUCUUCUUCCACCCACGUAGGAGAACACAAUCACACCUUUGAACCUGUCCGACACUACAACUUCCUCCAACAGCACCGACAACCAUCCUUCAUCAACCUCAACCAUGUUUCAUCCUUGUUGUUCGCCAAGCUUCUCUCCGUUGUCAUAUAAGUCGUUGUCAGGGAAAGGGACAUACAACCAACGCGGUUAGAUUAUGUUCUCUGCAAUAUCUCAAGACCAGUAGGUAAGAAUGAUGAAAUCACAACCUUCUUCAAGCUUCAAGUAACGUAGUUAGCUAACCAUGGUCAUUUUUGUCAUAGCUUCGACGACAUAGGCACGAGGGAAUUGGACGACGAUUAGCUCAAGGAAUAACGACCCUAGUAACUCAAGUCAAGGUCUAACCACAAAUACGAGGUAAGGAAGACCGACCCCUUGUGUCAAAAUUGACAUUUAUGUGAGUUGUACAGGUUGUAGAAUUCUGGAAAAUUAGUGACUGAAUUGCUGGUGUUUGGUCACGGUUUAGUGACCGUUAUUAAAGGCCGAGCUAUGAGAAAUAGCCGCAGGCCUUUUGGGACGAGCAGUAAUAGUUCACAGUGACCAGAUCUUGGAUCUGUCACUAAAAGUGGUGUAUCAGUUGUCAUUUAAUCUCAAGUUACUAAACAUCAGUUAGGUGUGAUCAUCUCGAAUAAAUUGUAAAUUGAGAAAUAGAGAAUUUGUGAAUUACUGUAAUAAAGAUUGUUAAUAGGU